UGAAUCCCCCCGAUCUUGCUCCGUCCACGCCCCCUUCUUUAUCGCCUGCUGGAACAGGUGGUCUUCUCACCUUGUACCGCCCUUCAUUUGCGCCCAUGAUCUAGGACAGCUCACUCGCGGUCCGGGGGGGUCUAGUAUACCUCGUAUCGCGUGCGCCGGCGGGGAAUUCUAUAGAGCCUCGACUCACAGCGAGUCCUUCUCUUAUCGCCCGCUACUGACAGCCAGAGAAAGUACGCGGAAAGGAUUCAAUAACCAUGGAAGCACCCGAGACUACGGAAGGCUCCAUUUUGUCCGGCGCCGCAAGACGAACAUUGGGUAUUUGUCUGCUGCUCGUCGUGGUCUUCUUGUGGACGGCCUCGAAUUUCCUCGCCAGUACAAUAUUCGCCGAUGAUACAUACUCGAAACCGUUUUUCGUGACAUACAUCAACACUUCGUUGUUCAUCCUUCCUCUCUUCACAAUUAUCUCCAGACGGCUCUUGAAACUAUGGCAGGCAGGGAAGCUCUACCGGAUUCGGUCCUUCAAAAGCCUACUGGAGCAUCUCGAUUCUCAUGAUACGAAUGUCGAGGCACGGGGUAUACUCAGUCACAAUGCAAGUGGGGAGCGUUGGCGCAGCGAGGACGCAGACCCUGAAACAUGGGCCGGUGCUAGGUUCAAUGCUGCACCCCGAGGUCAGCCAUCUAAGCUGGGAUUGAAGGCGACGGCUAAACUGAGCUUUGAGUUCUGUUUGUUAUGGUUCUCCGCAAACUACUUCGCAAUGGCCUGUCUCCAAUACACAACAGUAGGAAGCACCACAAUCCUCACCUCAACAAGCGGAGUCUGGACCCUCAUCUUCGGCGCCCUAAUCGGCGUCGAGCGCUUCACCAUCCGCAAACUCAUCGGAGUCAUCGCCUCAUUAACCGGCAUCAUCCUCAUCUCCCGCGUCGACAUGUCGUCCCCCGACAACCCCAGCAACAACAACACCACCACCAGAGGAAGCGGAAGCACCUUCCCCUCCAAAACCCCCGGUGAAAUCGCCCUCGGCGACGCAAUGGCCGCAUUCAGCGCCAUCCUAUACGGCGUAUACACCAUCGUGCUAAAAAAGCAAGUGGGAGACGAAUCCCGCGUCAACAUGCAACUAUUCUUCGGCCUAGUAGGAUUAUUCAAUACGGUCCUCCUCUGGCCGGGCUUCAUCGUUCUUCAUGUCCUCGGUAUAGAAUCUGUAGGAAUGCCUGAUACGGGGAGAGUCUGGACGAUUAUCUUGGUAAACGCCCUCGCCUCCCUCGCCUCCGACAUCGCCUGGGCCUACGCAAUGCUCCUCACUACACCACUAGUAGUAACAGUGGGGUUGAGUCUAACGAUCCCGCUCUCGCUCGUGGGCCAGAUCGUGCUUCAGGGACAGUAUGCGAGCGGGUUGUACUGGGCUGGGGCUACGGUGGUGUUUUUGUCGUUUUUGGUGGUUAAUCAGGAGAGUCGCGAGGUGGAUGGGGAGGGGCCUGUGGUGGUGGAUGGGAGGGGAGGGGCUGGUGCUGGGUAUGAGGCUAUUCCUGGGGAUGGUGGUAAUGAGUAUGGAAGGGAUAGGUGA